AUGGCUAGCAAUGAACACACUGUCCUCCCACAAAUAACGAUCCAACCGACAUACCCUUCUGUUCUUGCGGACGUCAACUCCUCUCUCGUCACCGCCGAAGACAUAUGGAUAUCCUGCUACCUCGAAGGCCGCAAUUCGGUACACGGUAAAGUCCGCAUCUCGCGCGAGAGGGACGCUCCUGGUGGAGUGAAGCUCGAAGCUCGGAACGGUGUGCAGGUCGAGUGGGUCAACAGCUCAGUGUUACGCGUCUCUUGUCCCUCGCUGGACAUUCCCCCAACUCUUGUCCGUUUUCCUAGACAGUCGAUCCCCGUCUCCCCAGGUACCCAAAUUACCACUCUCUCCCCAUCUCCCGACCUUUCCCUUCUCGCGACCGGCUCAGCAAGCGGGUCGAUCACGCUUAUCCCCCUCUCCACGCCCGACACACCUAAUCCGAGCGCAGGGCCGCAAACGUUCACCCCGCACCUGUCGACAGUGCUCAGCGUCCGCAUUCUUCCCUCCUCUCAAGUCAUUCUGUCCUCAGGCUCAGACUGUCAGCUGCACAUCUCCCCCGUCGUUCCCCCGCUCACACCGGCCCGCGUGCUGAGCGGCCAUAAACGCGGAGUGACGGAUACGUAUAUUGUUGACCGCGGACGGCAGGUGGUGAGCUGCGCGAAGGACGGGACUGUGAGAGUGUGGGAUGUCGCUGCUGGGAAGAGUGCGCGGAUGCUGGCGGGGAUCGUACCUCCCGCAGAGAUGGACCUCUCCUACCUGCAGCCAGAUGCUCCGGCGGUGAACGGUACCGCGCCUUCGACAAACGGUAGCAUCCCCGAACAAGGGCACCUCCCACUGCUCGCCGUCGCCCUCUCCUCAGGCCUUUUCACCCUCCUCGACCUGCGCGUCCCUUCCUCUCAAACUAUCUACACCUCCCCUAAGACCUCCACCUCCUCAUCCAACGCACUACAAAGUAUCGCUCUCUCCCCUACACAGAUCUACACGGGGAGUCUGAAAGGUCAACUGAACGCUUACGACCUGCGACACCUUCCCUCCCCCCUCUGGUCAACAAAGCGCAACGGCUCGUCGAUCGAGGACCUCGUGCUCUCCAGCCAAGGCCUAGCCGUAGCAUCGGAGGACGGCCUUCCCUACCUGAUUCGCGAAGGUCAUGGAGGCCCGGAGGUGGCGGAGGAAUGGGCGGGGUGGGAAUGUGAUGCUGUGCGAUGUUUGAGGGCAGAAGGCGGGAGUGUGUGGGCGGGAGGGAAUGAUGGGGUGGUUAGACGGUAUUAG